CCAGAACACAUCCGUGAUCAAACUCCAUCUCUGACAGUCGGAGACGCCUGAGACAUGCGUCUCGCUGUGGUAGCUGCUGUCCUGCUGGUGGUGUUCACCCUGGACUCUGCAACAGCCUUUUUACCAUUUUUGAGAGCAUGUAAAAACCAUCCCGAUAACCAAUGCAGCGGAGGAUGGAGCAGCAUCGAUGAUCAUCACUGUGCUAAAUUCUUCAAGCACUCUAGAAGUUUUCAUGAUGCACAGAAACAUUGCAAAAGCGAAGGGGCUGAUCUGGUUUCAAUCCAUUCUUACGAGGAGAUGAUGGGAGUGCUUUGCUUGGUGGAGCGUGUAAGCGGUCACUCAUCACAUAAUUUCUGGAUUGGAGUCACGAGAGCGUGGGACCGCAGAAGGCAAAGGACGUAUUUUAAAAACAACGAUGGAUCUAGAGUAAGCUACACCAGAUGGCACUCUGGUGAGCCAAACAACUCUAAUGGAAUAGAGCACUGCGUGGAGACGACCG